AUGUCGGAAGAUAACAUGGCUCACUAUAUUGGAAUUGACGUGGGCACUGGAAGUGCUCGAGCCUGCGUGAUUGAUGGACAGGGCAACAUCGUCGGGCUCGCUUCGCAGAACAUCGAAACCUGGCAACCACAUCCAGAAUUCUACGAGCAGUCCACCACCAACAUCUGGGACAGCAUUCGCGCCGCAGUCCGACAAGGUGUCAAAGAAGCUGGAGUCCCGCCAUCGAGUAUCCGAGGCCUCGCAUUCGAUGCCACAUGUUCCCUGGCCGUCUUUAGCAAAGAGACUGACAAACCAGUCACCGUGGGUGGACCGGGGGGCAGGGAUGACCAGAACGUGAUUCUUUGGCUGGAUCAUCGUGCAGUUGAAGAGACAAAUAUAAUCAACGCGACUGACCACCCGGUGCUCCAGUAUGUGGGGGGUGCCAUGUCCGUUGAAAUGGAGAUGCCCAAAAUCCUUUGGUUGAAGAAGCACAUGGGCCUUGAAGAAUUCCAAGACUGCGAGUUUUAUGAUCUCGCGGACGCCCUCACUCACUUAGCAACUGGAACAAAGACUCGCAGCUGCUGUAGCGUGGUAUGCAAGCAAGGCUAUCUAGCCCCAGGAACAAAAUACGGCGAAGAGGGCUGGCAGCUGGACUUUUUGAGGCAGAUUGGCCUUGAAGAUCUUGCUACAGACAACUACUCUCAACUUGGAGGUAUCAAUGGCAAGAACGGCCAGUAUCUCAGUGCUGGAGAAUGCGUUGGACCCUUGAGUGAAAAGGCUGCCGCCAAGCUAGGACUCUCUCCCGGAAUCGCCGUUGGUAGUGGUGUCAUCGAUGCCUAUGCAGGGUGGAUCGGGACAGUUGGAGCGAAAGUUGAUCUUGGAUUGGAUAGUCAGAUCGACAAUAAAGAGCAUCUUUCGCAUCGCUUGGCAUUGGUCGCUGGAACAUCCACUUGUCAUUUGGCCAUGUCAGAUACGGAGCUGUUUGUACCCGGAGUCUGGGGUCCUUACCGAGGCGCCAUUAUCCCCGGGGCAUAUGUUGCCGAAGGGGGGCAAUCAGCAACUGGUGAACUCAUUCGACAUGUCGUUGAAAGCCAUCCGGCAUACUCGGCCACACUUGCGGCAGCAAAGGAAGCCGGUAUCAGCCUUUACGACUUCUUGAAUGAUUACCUACAAAAAGAAGCUGCAAAGAGCCAGGUGAACCAUGUCUCAGAACUGGCAAAGCACUUCUUCUUCUACGGCGACUUGUGGGGCAAUCGAUCCCCCCUUGCCGAUCCGCGAAUGAGUGGCACAAUCAUCGGACUGAGAAGUGACCAGUCAACCAAAAGUCUCGCUCUUCAUUACUAUGGGGCAUUGGAAUUUAUCGCCUUGCAAACACGCCAGAUUGUUGAGACAAUGAACGAACAUGGGCAUCAAAUCUCGACAAUUUUCAUGUCGGGAUCACAGACGCUCAUUGAUCUUCUGGUUCAUUUGAUUGCUUCGGCUUGUAGAAUGCCGGUGGUACUUCCAGAAUACGUCCAUGCAGCCGUAUGUCACGGAGCUGCCAUGUUGGCGGCCAUGGCGGCCAGUAAAGCACCCGGGGCAAAACCGAAGGAUUUGUGGAGCGUAAUGAGUCAAAUGAGCAAGCCUGGCCGACGGGUGGAUCCCACAGCUGAUGCCCAUGAACAAGGGCUUCUCCAGGUUAAAUACGAGGUAUUUUUGGACAUGUGUUUCAAACAGCGUGAGUAUCGUUGCCUGGUGGACGAACGAUUGUAUGCGGCAGAUUCUUGA